AAUAUUUUUUAGUCAGCUUUUAUUUUUCUAUCAUCGUGUCUCUUUAGUAACAACAAGCCGUACACGGAAGUGUUUUCUUAAGUCAUCUAAAAAUAGCCACUAUAUGAUUGCCAUUUUUCUACUUGCAUUCACGGGUCUUCUGCAUUUGCAACGUGCAGGUGGAGAGUUUAUUGAGCCAAACAACAUUUUUAUUGAAAUGGGGGCUGGCCCGGAUGACCGCCCCACUUAUAAAACAGGUAAAAAAGGUAUAACGCCUGUAUCUCCACUCGACAUACCUGAAUGGAUGCAACCUGGCGGAGCGCAAGGCUGUAGGAAUUAUCACGCUUUUAUAAUAACAAAAAAUCGCAAAGAACAUUUUAAGGCAGACACUCUGACGCGUUCCCGUCGAGCUCCCACACAUGAAGCUUAUCAUGCUGGUCCAGUGUACUAUGAAUAUCGUUGGGAAGCGGAUAAAUUUUUUAGAUCUACACAUUUCGAGAAACACGAUCCGACACGGAGAUAUGCAAGAAAUUAUAUGCCGCCUGAAAACUCCAUUUAUGUAGUUGUGCCAGAAAGAGUUGUGGAAGAAAAAGUAGAAAGUGUUAUGCGAAAAAUAACUGUGCCAGGUUGUGCCUAUAGAGCAAUUUUAGAAGACCAUUCAGAAGAUAUCCCGCAUGUUCCUGCGAUACCCCGCUUAACUGCUCGUACUAGUACUAGUGCUAGCACUAGUACUAGUAGUAGUAUGAUAAAAAGAAUGUAAUUCUGAAGAUUCAUUGUACAAUAAAUGUAGCAAACACGAAAAA